AUGAGCAUUUGGCGUCUUAUGUCAUGGAAGAUGACUAGUACUAGUGGGUUGACAUCUGAAGCCCAAGUAACCUGUCUUGUUAGUGAAGUAUUGAAGGCCAAGGAUUUCAGUGUUGAUGAUCUGCCAGAUAACUUUAACACCCACACAGAAAUGACGUGCUUUGACACCUCUGAGGCAACACUGGACCCGACUGACAUAUUUCAAAUAGAUGGCUGGAGGGAGUCAGCUGCCGAAAUAUUGGUUCCAACCAGGGAAAAGAACCCAGGCGGAAAUGGGCAGUCAUUUACUGUCCAAGGUUUUCAUCAUUGGCCACUUGUAGCAGUCAUCCGUGCUGCCUUCUCAGAGGCAUCAUCAUGCUGGUUUCACUUGACUCCAUUCAAACACUUCUGGAAGUCACCAUUGACUGGUCAAGAGCAGCAAGUAUACAAUGAGCUCUACACCUUGGAUACCUGGAAUAAAGCGCACAAUGAGCUCCAGAAACAGAAGAGAGAUAAUGGCUGCAAAUUAGAAUGGGUGAUCGCUGGACUGAUGUUCUAG